AUGGUAGAAAAUAUACAACUAGGCAUGGAGAGAAUGAUAUCCGAGUUGGAGGACUACAAGAACAGAGGGAUAUUCUCCCCAGACGAACUAAGAAAGAUAGUGGAAACCAGAAGGAAAUAUGAGCUCAGAUUGCAAAGGCCGGAGAAAAAGCUUUUGGACUUCAUACGGUACAUAAAAAGUGAAUGCAUACUAGAAAAGAUAAGAGAUAAACGAGUGAGAGAAAAAAACGCCGGCACAUCGCUCCAUGACAUGAAAAUAUCAAAAAAAAUCGUAGAGCUGUACAGAUCUGCUUUGUACAGAUUUAACGAUCCAAAAAUAAUCUCACAAUUCACUGCAUAUGUCAUUGAAAAAAAGAUGUAUGGAGAAAUGAAAAACGUAUUUGCAGAGUGCUGCACCAGAAACCCGCUCGAUGUGGAUCUUUGGAUAUACUGCGGGUUCAAGCUGUUUGAAGUGGGGGACAUCGAAAGUUCUAGGGCCAUGUUCCUCAAGGGAAUUAGAAUGAAUAGCAAAAACACUAGGAUAAGAAUUGAAUUCUUUAGAAUGGAGGUUAUGUACGUUGAAAAAAUAGAAGCACUUAAUAGGGAAAUAGGUUUGGAUUCUGAUGAUAAAGACGAUCUGGAAAGGGGUGAGGUAGCAUUUGCAAUCUUUGCUGACUGCUUAAACGGUUUAUCUUUUACUGAAAAAGAGAUAGAAGAGAUUCUAGAAAUAUCUAAAAGCAUCAAGGAGCUUAGAGAGAGGAUUGAAGAACACAUUAAAGACAGAGACAUAUAA